AUUGCCAAAAUGGUAUACGACAUGACACAUUUGGCGCCGGCAGCUCCACAGAGCAUCGCCCUGGGUCGAUACUAUCUACCCGAAGACGAUGAACUCGUUCUAUCCGCAAAUAAUGGACUAAUCAAUGAUCAGGAUUAUGCAGCCGGUACCACAUUGGAUAUCGACAAGCGUUUCCAGGCGCGAAUGACAUGUGAAACAGCCUCCCAGCCGGGACAGCAACCGCCGCCAACACCAGCUCCGCGCCGUCGCACCACUCCCAUUGCCCAUCUGGAUCCCUCAGAGCUGGUGGGUCUAUCGCGUGAAGAGCGUCGCCGUCGACGUCGGGCCACAUUAAAGUAUCGCACUGCCCAUGCCACACGGGAACGCAUACGUGUGGAGGCCUUCAAUGUAUCGUUUGCCGAACUCCGUAAACUUCUGCCCACUUUGCCGCCCGACAAGAAGCUGUCGAAAAUCGAAAUCCUUAAAUUGGCCAUAUGCUACAUUGCCUACUUGAAUCAUGUGCUUGAGACCCCCUGAGAUAACGCCAAUGCCUCUAGCUUCAAUACCAGCUGCAGCUUCAGUGAGGCCAUGCUCUUUCCGCCCACCUAAUAUGAGAACCAAACCGGCCAUAAAUAUUGACCAAGUGGACAGAGUAUCAAUGAUAAAACUGGUAAUAUUUUCAGCUCUCAACUCAAUGUUUGAGCUCGAAAUAAUUUCGUCUUCCUAAUUUCUUA